UCUGUUAAUGACGAGCUUCCUCCAAAAAUCGCGACUCUGCUGAGCAGUUGCUCCGACGUAAUGGAUGCCCUGCAACACACUCGAGGCAGGAUGUUGGCUGGGGAACUGACGGUGACAUGUACGGAAGGAGAUGUUAUGGGAUGUGGAGAAGGUGAAACGAAGAAGGGAAGAGAGGAACCUGACAGACCAAUCGGAGUGUGUUCGGGGAAUGGGGCCACUCUUGGGAAGGAUGCGCCGGCGCCACAUGUCCUGUUUGCGUGCAGUGAUGUUGCCGCACUGAAAUCUCACCACGUGCGUCACAACUUCCCCUGCGUGCUUGCCAGCAAAGCACCUUCGGCUAGAGAAGAGGUCGAAAGACAAAGCAUUUGCAUCAUGUCGAUGUCGGUAGCACAGGUGGCGAAGGCUCUCGCAGAGGUGAUGAAGUAUGUAGAGGAGCGAUUCCACUACAACGGCCGUGGCGAGUUAUCUUUGGUGCAGGAGAGGGUGCCGCGGUACUUUGCUGUUACCGUGGAUAUGAGAUCCGCGAUCAUGGCCAACGGCAGUGGUUGCGUACAGGCACGAACACUCUUGGAACGAUUGAGAGAGUCACCUGAUAUUCGUGUGGACAGUGACGCGGAAGACAGCCCAUACAGUCUAAAAGGAGUGGUGCAGUGGAUGUGCAGUGAAGGCAUGCGCAACGAAGGACUUGUCGACAUGUCAAUGCAGCAGAGAGGGGGGACCUAUACACCUGUGGCUUUCAGAAAGUUCAUGGUGAGUGUGGCGAAGGGAUGGGACAUGCUUGUUGAAGGGACGAAGGACGAGUUGAAGAGGGGUGCUGCAGAAAUACUAGUGCUGUCCAGAAUCAAGGACAUGACACAAACACCGCCCCAGGACUUUCAAGAGCUUCCCAUUAUUAUUGCAGACGGUGUGAAAUACGUUCUGCUUGACCAGCUAUGUGAUCUCAUGGGGAGGUCAGAGGACGACAGGAACGUCAUUCAUGAGAUGUUGCACGAAGUCACAGAGUAUGCCGUGCAGGGUCGAGAUGUCAUUGAGUUUGAGCCCGCGUCAGCAGGAGAGGAGAUCAUUAGUGGCAGACCAUUGUGGGGGGGUUUGUUGGGUUGUGCUCUGGAGCGGCUUGGUCUUGCAACCUGCGAUGUCGAGAGACAGAGAGAAAGGGAAGAGGGUUGGAGGAUGAUUGCCAGCGAAACAAGGUUACCGGUCAUUGAAGAAACCGGGGAGACAUCAGCAGAGGACGAGCACACAGACGAUGCACAGCACAAAGUCGAUGCAGAGGAGGAGGAUAAGGAAGAGUGCGAGGGGUCUGACGUGGAUGUGAGCGGCAGCGACGUCAGCAGCGACGAAGCAGACAACGACAAUGACGUGUACUACGAUCUCAAGACAGCGGGCGGACAAGUAACCAAAGGUUGGGCACAUGCAAUCCUGAGGUUGGCACGAGUAUUUCCCGAUCCGCACAACGUGCUGCGUGUGGUGUUCAAUGGGGCGACACCUGAUGGUGCCAUGCAGUAUGCUGCAGUAACCACCAUAAUGCGAUCCUGCAAGAAGGGGAAAAAAUGGUCACGUAUCGGCAAGGCAUGGUUUGUUCUGGUGAACAGAGAGGCUGUGCUAGCAACAUCGCUGACACGGGGACUGAACCUGAGUUGCCUCCUGCAUGGCGCAGUGGCCACAGCUUGGGGAGAGACAUUGCACCCCGGCUUGUCGACAGGGGACGCAGUAGAAAUGGACAGCGGUCCACUGGUGUGCGACUGCGGCAGACCUUUCAUGUCCUUACGGACUUUAAACUCGCAUCGUGCGAGGGCAUGCCCGGCCGUGGUGGAAGAGGGGGCGCAAAGGCAGGAGAACAAUGCUGCCCACGACCCGGGGCCAUCCGACAUGGGCGCAGCGAAUCUCGCAGCUGAUGACAGCGACGACGCGGGGGCAAGGGACAACGCGAACGGGGCAGCGGGUGACAACGCAGAGUCGGAAGCGUAACCCAUCGAGCCUUUUGACAGCUCGCGCAGGCUAGCAGCGCUUAUUUUGUCCGCACGUGGCGGCGUCGGUCGCGUUGCAAAAAUGCGAGACGGUUCAUUCCCUUGAAGUGUCCCCGCCGUCGGACGACCACAGUGUGUCCGGUCCGCGCAGUGGGGCGCUAAGCUAUCACACGCAGUCAAUCAUUCGAGCGCACAAAGGUGUCGACGAGAAUGAAAAUCCACGAUAUGU